AUGGCCAAAGGAAAGAAUAAAACUAACGACGAAAGAUCUUCCAAAUCCCGUACAUCAAAUGGCCACAAGUCAAAACAGCAUCAUAUACGUAAAGGAAGACAAGAGAUUUCGGCGUCAUCAACCACGUCUAAACCGUCAACUUCCUUUCCUGCUAAAUUAGCAAUGUGGGAUUUUGAUCAUUGUGACCCCAAAAGAUGUAGUGGUAAGAAAUUAGAACGAUUAGGGUUGAUCAAGAAUCUUAGAGUUGGACAAAAGUUCCAGGGAAUAGUCGUCAGUCCUAAUGGUAAAUCUAUCGUAUGCCCUAAUGAUAAAGAGAUUGUCGAAACCAAUGGGGCUGCAGUUGUCGAAUGUUCAUGGGCAAGACUAGAUGAAAUCCCAUUCAAUAAGAUAGGUGGAAAAAACGAAAGAUUAUUACCUUAUUUAGUGGCAGCAAAUCCUGUUAACUAUGGUCGUCCGUGGAGAUUAAACUGUGUCGAGGCUUUAGCUGCAUGUUUUGCAAUAGUGGGACAUACAGAUUGGGCGGAAUUAUUAUUACUGAAUUUCUCUUGGGGUUUGACGUUCCUAAAAAUCAAUGAAGAGUUGAUAGAGUUGUAUCAGCAGUGUACCGACUCGGAGAGUAUUACCAAGGCACAGGAGCAGUGGUUAGAAAAAAUAGAACAGGAGGCCAAAGAAAGAAAGAACCAAGCACAUAACGAAGAUGUGUGGAUGAUGGGGAAUGUCAACAGACAAGAAGAUAAUACUGAGCAUGACAGUGAUAGUAACGAGGAAGACGCAGUUGAUAGUGAAAGUGAUAUAGAAUACGACAAUUUGGGUAAUAUAAUACAAAAAAAGAAAUAUGAUUCACUUGGCAACGAGAUGAUAGAAAGCAAAGUCAAGUACGACUCGUUGGGGAAUAUCAUUUCAGGCGAAGAAGGAUCUAGCGAGGAAGACAACGACGAAGUCAGUACCAAUAAGGAAGACAACAAUACUGUCUACGACAAUUUAGGAAAUGUUGUCACAAACGAGAGCAUCACCAAACACAUGAAUUCUUUGAGUAUAUAA